CAGCCAUUCCACGCUGGGUAAUGCUCAGCCUCAGAGCUCUCCCAGUCCCAACAGCAGGCGGGAGGUGUAAGCCAGGGAAGGCUCCGUUGCCUGGAUCAGCAGGAUCCUAUGCACGUCCAGGUCCUUUGCACGAAGGCAGCAUAGACACAACAACCAUGAUCCUAUUGCUCCCAAAUGAAAAACACAGCAACAAAACUUUAUUGAAAAAACACUCUCGCUCACUACCACGCAGCUUCGGGUCACGGCUGCACCCCUAACGUACUGUACACGCCUCUGACGUAGGCACGACGGGUUACGUGGCUGUAACGGCGGAAUUUUUCAAAUAACAAAACCAGCAGGUCCGCGGGAAUGGAGGCGGGCCCCGCGAUCCCCGAGCCCCACCGUCCCUGCCGCCGCCGUCACCACCGGGACUACGCGGCCUCCGGAGCAGCCACGAGACAGGCGCGCGCGGUGCCGCGAGGAUGAGCCGAUCCCGGGCUGCUCAGAGGGAAGAUGGCGAGCAGCAUAGGAGGGAGGAUAGAGGACUUCAAAGUCCUCAACCUCCUUGGCAAAGGCUCGUUUGCCUGUGUUUACAGGGCACAGUCCAUAAAUACUGGCAUCGAGGUAGCCAUCAAAAUGAUAGACAAAAAAGUAAUGCAGAAGGUUGGCAUGGUACAGCGGGUACGAAAUGAGGUUGAGAUCCAUUGCCAAUUAAAACAUCCAUCUAUUUUGGAGCUGUACAAUUAUUUUGAAGAUGGCAAUUAUGUGUACCUGAUCCUUGAAAUGUGUCACAAUGGGGAGAUGAACCGGUUUUUAAAGAACAGAAAGAAACCAUUUACUGAUAAAGAAGCUCGGCAUUUAAUGGAACAGAUUGUUAAGGGGAUGCUGUAUCUACAUUCUCAUGGCAUUCUGCAUAGGGAUCUUACACUUUCCAAUCUCCUGCUCUCGAGUGAUAUGAAUGUCAAGAUUGCUGACUUUGGAUUGGCAGCUCAGUUGAAGCUUCCAAAUGAGAAGCACUUUACAAUGUGUGGCACGCCAAACUAUAUCGCUCCUGAAAUUGCUACCAGGAGCGCUCAUGGUCUUGAAUCUGAUGUUUGGUCUUUAGGGUGCAUGCUAUUUACUUUUCUUGUGGGGAGACCUCCUUUUGACACGGACACGGUAAAGAACACUUUAAACAAAGUAGUUCUGGCAGACUAUGAAAUGCCCAACUUUGUGUCACGAGAGGCCAAGGACCUGAUUUUUCAGUUGCUACGCAAAAACCCUGCGGAUCGGUUAAGUCUUUCAUCUGUGCUGGACCACCCAUUUAUGACUGGCUAUUAUUCUGUUGCUUGUGAUGAUUUGGGAGCUGUUGAAGACUCCAUCGAUAGCGGACAUGCUACAAUUUCUACUGGCUUUACUGGUUCUUCUGGGGUCAGUGUUAGUGGCCGCUUACAGGAGAAAAGAAUCUUAUCCGGCCCCCCACUACCCAACAAAAUAAACAUCUUUCCCUUCAAAGACAGGCAGCCAAGUGAUGUUUUGGCAGUGGGAGGUGGAAGCUUCUAUAUUUCUAAAAGAGAAGAAAAUGAUUUUUUUGAAGGGAGAGGAAGGAAAGCUGUUGUUGGUGAGGAUAGGCCACAUUCUCGCUACCUCCGUAGGGCUCACUCUUCGGACAGAACAGGUACCUCACGGAGCCAAACUCACGGGAAACCAAACAGCUUUGCAGACAGAUGUUACUCUGUGGAAACACUGCAUAAACCUGGUCAGAUCACUGGUUACAGGACCACUGCUUCAUCUCCUGCAAACAGCUAUGGAGAUAUUCCUCAGAUGUUUUCUGAAAAAGCUACCAGUGGUGGCUCUCUGGACAGGCAUACGUCUCCACCUGUUAAAGAAAGACCUCCAUCUGAAUUCUUCUGUCCUCAAACUAUCGCUGCCAGGUCUGAUGAAAAGUGCUCGGCUGAAACUAUACAGCAAUGGUUUGGAGCCAUGCAGCUAAAUGGCCAAAAACAAGGAUCUCAAGAGGUGAGCAGUAUCGGUAACUCGGGUGGGAAUUACUAUUGCCAACCAGCCGUACAACAGGAGUCUCCACAAUGCUGGAAUGAUGUUAAGGUGAAGAAAGUCACAGACUCUUCCUUUGAGAGUGUGCAGAGGGGAAUAAGGAAACAGCCUGAUUCAGACCACUGUAAAGCGGAAGAAAACAAAGACCAUUUUAAGCCCAGGGUCCUCCCACAAGCUGCAGGUUAUAGUUCUCUCAGAAGCCUAAUUCCUCCACUAAAUUCAGAAAGGCUGAAGUCAAUAAGGCAGAAAACAAAGAAUGCUGUGGUGAGCAUUCUGGACACGGGAGACGUUUGCAUGGAGUUUUUGAAAGAACAGAAUUCUCGAGAACGUGUGAAAGAAGUUCUGCGGAUUUCCUGGGAUGGAAAUUUGAUUUAUGUUUAUCACCCAAAUGAAGGUAAAGGAUUUCCUGUGGAUGACAGACCCCCAUCUCCUCCUGAAAACAUGUUAAGUUAUACGUUUGACAGUUUACCAGAAAAGUACUGGAAAAAAUAUCAGUAUGCUUCGAAAUUUAUACAACUUGUAAGAUCUAAAACACCUAAAGUUACUUACUACACUAAAUAUGCAAAGUGUAUGUUAAUGGAGAACGGUCCUGAUGCCGAUGUAGAAGUCUGUUUCUAUGAUGGAGCUAAAAUCCACAAGACGGGUAAUUUAAUACGAGUAAUAGAGAAAUCUGGAAAGUCCUACACGCUGAAAGACAGCAGCAGAAAAAGUGGUUUAAGUGAUGAGAUUAAAUGUUACGUGGAUCAUGCCAAUGAGAGUCAUCAGGUUUGUCUCUCUUUGGAAACUGCAAUUACUAUAGAAGAGAAAAAGGGAGAAGAGAUUUCAUUAUUUCCAAUCACAUUUGGGAGAAGAUCAACCAACACGGAUUCCCCAAAGCCUUUAGCGAGACCUGCAUCUUGUGUGGAGCCUGUAUGUGGGAAAAGGGAUCAGAGUCCCACUAACCGGGUAUACAGUGCAACCUCUCCUGACCAGAUGCCAAACAUCAAUCCUUCUAUUCUUUCCUGUGAAGGAUCUGUAUUUUCUGCUCACAGUGGCCCUUCCUCCAAAGCUUCAGUAGCGCACACGCCCGAUCCUGGCCAAGUCCUGAAGUCUGUGUUUGUUAAAAAUGUUGGCUGGGCAUCUCAGCUGAACACUGGGGCUGUAUGGGUGCAAUUCAAUGAUGGCUCACAGCUUGUCGUUCAACCCGGAGUCUCUUCUAUUAUAUAUACAGCACCAAAUGGACAAGUAUCCAGACAUGGAGAAAAUGACAAACUUCCAGAUUACAUAAAAAAUAAAUUGCAGUGCCUUUCUUCCAUCUUAAUGCUCUUUGCCAGUUCUUCCAACCACUCAUGAGACACCAUGUAUGAACCUGUGAACCUCUUUUUACCAACCAAUAGACAUUCCCAUAAAGCUGUCUUAUUACCAUGUAUUAGGUGCUUUGGGCUCUUUAUUUUUGAAGGAUCUCUUUUUAGUAUUUUUUUCAAUAAUCUGUUUAAAUUCACCUUUCUUAAGAUGUACAUAAAGAGUAUAAUUUAAAUCCACAUUUAUCAUGGAUAUUACUUGUUUCAAACUAUAUUUGUAUAGCAAGUGUCUUGUAAUAUGUACAGUAUAUUUUUUUAUGUUAACUUAUAUUUUGUAACAGUCUGUAAUGAAAU